UUCUUCUUUUCUUUCUUUCUUUUUUUCUUUCUAUAUUCUAGUAAAGAAAAGUGGCCAUGGAGAACAACGAAACCUCGGUGGAUUCGAAAUCCGUUAAUAACUCUGAAAUAAAGACCAUACAUGGAAGCAAAUCAAUGGACUCUGGAAUGUAUCUGGACAGUAGUUAUAAAAUGGAUUAUCCUGAAAUGGGUGUGUGUAUAAUAAUUAAUAAUAAGAACUUCCAUAAAAGCACUGGAAUGACACCUCGGUCUGGUACAGACAUCGACGCAGCCAAACUCAGAGAGACAUUCCUGGGCCUGAAAUAUGAAGUCAGGAAUAAAAAUGAUCUUACUCGUGAAGAAAUUGUAGAAUUGAUGGAUAAUGUGUCUAAAGAAGACCACAGCAAACGGAGCAGUUUUAUUUGUGUGAUUCUAAGCCAUGGUGAUGAAGGAAUAAUUUUUGGAACAAAUGGUCCUGUUGACCUGAAAAAAUUAACGAGUCACUUCAGAGGGGACUACUGCCGCACGCUAGCCGGAAAGCCGAAGCUCUUCAUCAUCCAGGCCUGCCGGGGCACAGAGCUGGACUGUGGCAUUGAGACAGACAGUGGAACUGAGGAUGACAUGGCGUGCCAGAAGAUACCCGUGGAGGCCGACUUCCUGUAUGCUUACUCCACAGCGCCUGGUUACUAUUCCUGGAGAAAUUCAAAGGACGGGUCCUGGUUCAUCCAGUCACUGUGCGCCAUGCUGAAACUGUACGCACACAAGCUUGAGCUGAUGCACAUUCUUACCCGUGUUAACCGGAAGGUAGCCACAGAGUUUGAGUCCUUCUCGCUCGACUCCACUUUUCAUGCAAAGAAGCAGAUUCCGUGUAUUGUGUCAAUGCUCACAAAAGAGCUGUACUUUUUUCACUGAAGAAAUGAUUGAGGGGGUGUUUCUGGUCUGUGUUUUGAAUGCCAAAUAAGGAAACAGUGUCAAGGAGACUUUACUUCUCUCACUUAAAUCAAAUCUGAUGUUCCAAAUGGUACUUUGCACCAUACCACUGCCCUAGCAAUACAACCGCAAUGCAGCUACCUCAAGUUCAACAUCAGGUAGUUGAAAUGCAAUUUAAUUAUGACCAGAUAAGUGACAAUGAUGGUACUGUCGUUAAAGAGGAAAUUAUAAAUUUACCCUUUUUAUAAUUAGCAAGAUUUGGUGAUCCUAUGAGAUUUUGAAGUAAUCAUGAAGAAGUUAAACUUUGCAGUGAUGAUUUUAUACUCCCUCCGUACAUUGAGAACGUCAUCCUAGCUUUUGUUAAACUGUAGAAAUGAUAAUGUGUAAUGACGUGUCUUAGAACUUGGAUCCAUGGGCAGAGUCAAGGGUUUGAGCCCUUAUUUUGAAGUGAUGCAUGGAAAUGAAGCGUUGGACCACUGUAGCAUGCGUUGUAGCUACUGCUUGUGACAUUUGUCCUGAGUAGGCAUUUGAUAUUUAAAAAUCAU